AUGGUGUCUGAGAAGUGGGCUUCAGUAGUUAUUCUUCUGCAGUUCUGCUUUGCUGGCUGUGGAUAUAGUGGGAAGAUCCUGGUGUGGCCCUGUGACAUGAGUCAUUGGCUUAAUCUCAAGACCAUUCUGGACAAACUCAUAGAGAGGGGCCACGAAGUAACAGUGUUGACUUACUCACAGACGUUUUUAAUUGACUACAAGAAGCCUUCUGCACUAAAAUUUGUGGUAGUCAAUGUGACGCAGGACAAAGAUUAUGCUAAGAAGUCAAAUAACGAAUUUGUGAACUUCGUUCUUCACGUCUUGCCAAACUCAUCAACCUGGCAAUCAGUGAUAAAAUUGAAUGAUUUUUUUGUUAAACUGAGUGGAUUUUUUAAAUUUCUGUGUGAGAGUUUUGUCUACAAUCAGACACUCAUGAAGAAACUGCAGGAAGCCAACUACGAUGUAAUGCUUAUAGAUCCUGUGAUACCUUGUGGGGAGCUGUUGGCUGAGUUGCUUGCAGUCCCCUUUGUAGUGUCUCUUAGAGCUUCUAUAGGAGGCAAUAUGGAGAGACACUGUGGGAAACUUCCAGCUCCACCUUCCUAUGUUCCUGUACUGAUGUCAAGAUUAACAGACAACAUGACCUUUCUGGAACGAGUAAAAAAUAUAAUGCUUUCAUUUUUCUUUGACUUCUGGAUACAAGAUUACAACUUCCAUUUUUGGAAAGACUUUUACAGUAAGAUAUUAGGAAGACCCACUACAUUAUGUGAGACUGUGGGGAAAGCUGAAAUGUGGUUAAUUCGAACAUACUGGGAUUUUGAAUUUCCUCAACCAUACUUACCUAAUUUUGAGUUUGUUGGAGGAUUGCACUGCAAACCUGCCAAAACUUUACCUAAGGAAAUGGAAGAAUUUGUACAGAGCUCAGGUGAAGAUGGGAUUGUGGUAUUUUCUUUAGGGUCAAUGCUUCAAAAUCUUACAACAGAAAAGGCUGAUCUCUUUGCUUCAGCCCUUGCCCAGAUUCCACAGAAGGUUUUAUGGAGAUACCAAGGGAAAAAACCAGCCACAUUAGGAGCCAAUAUUCAGCUUUAUGAUUGGAUACCUCAGAAUGAUCUUCUUGGUCAUCCCAAAACCAAAGCUUUUAUCACUCAUGGUGGAAUAAAUGGAAUCUAUGAAGCUAUUUACCAUGGGGUCCCUAUGGUGGGAGUUCCCAUAUUUGGUGAUCAGUAUGAUAACAUCAUUCACAUGAAGGCCAAAGGAGCAGCUGUAGAAAUAAACUUCAGCACAAUGACAAGUGCAGAUGUGCUCAGGGCUUUGAGAACAGUGAUUUAUGAACCUUUUUAUAAAGAGAAUGCUAUGAGGUUAUCGAGAAUUCACCAUGAUCAACCUGUAAAGCCCUUGGAUAGAGCAGUUUUCUGGAUAGAGUAUGUCAUGCGCCACAAAGGAGCCAAGCACCUGCGGCCAGCUGUUCAUGAUCUCACCUGGUUCCAGUACUACUCUUUGGAUGUGAUUGGCUUCCUGUUGGCCUGCAUAGCAACUGCUCUUUUCUUGAUUAUAAAAUGCUGCUUGUAUUCCUGUCAAAAAUUUGGUAAAACAGGAAAAAAGAAAAAGAAGGAAUAG